GGUGGUUGCUGGUGCUGGGGUCGGCCAAUGUGGACGAGUGCCUGAGGGGCUACCUGACCAAGUACGACUGCUCCUCGGCCGACAUCAACCCCAUCGGCUCCAUCAGCAAGACGGACCUGCGCUCCUUCCUGCAGUGGGCCGCAGUGAACCUGGGCUACCCCGUGCUGGCACAGGUGGAGGCUGCUCCCCCCACUGCCGAGCUGGAGCCGCUGAUCGAUGGGCAGCAGCCGCAGCUGGACGAGAUCGACAUGGGUAUGACGUACGCGGAGCUCUCGCUGUACGGCAGGCUCCGCAAGGUGGCUCGCGCGGGCCCAGUGGCCAUGUACAAUGCGUGUGCGGCCAUGUGGAGGGGCAGGCUGGCGCCGGGAGCCAUUGCAAGCAAGGUCAAGGACUUCUUCCGCUUCUACUCCAUCAAUCGCCAUAAGGCCACUGUGCUCACCCCCGCCUACCACAUGGAGUCCUACUCGCCCGACGACAACCGAUACGACCACCGACAGUUCCUGUACAAUAUCAGCUGGCCCUGGCAGUUCAAGCGGAUUGACGAGCUGGUGGCGCGAGACGAGGCGGCGGCGGCGGCGGCAGCAGCACCCCAGGCCACGACGUCGGCAGCGGCAGCGGUUGUUGCGGACGGUGUUCCCCCGGCGGAUAUGAAGUGAGGGGGACACGAGGAGCGACGCGAGGAGCGCAAACCGGGC